AUGUGGUUCUCUCUAAAGGCACCACUGGCGCUUCUUGCCGCCGCGGCGUCAAUCACCUCGACCGGCUCUGCCGAGAGACUCCUGCGAUCCGAGUCUCUAAACUCGUGCCAGGCUGACUCUGGCUUCUCUGCCAGUCUGUUCAACGUCGUCUUUACCGCUAGCAACAACACCGCUGCUUUCAACAUUGCCGCUACGUCGUCGAUUAACAGCUACGUCAAGUUCGAUGCCAGCAUCGCUCUUUACGGUUAUAACAUUGCUCACAUCAAGCUCGACCCUUGCAAGCUCAAGUUGGCUGGUCUCUGCCCCAUGACUACCGGCAAGCUUAACAUUAAAUUCAACCUGCCUGUCGACGCAAAGGCUCUCGAACAGGUCCCUACUAUUGGUUACUAUAUCCCUGAUAUCGACGCCAACGUCAAGGUCUACAUCAACGAGUCUUCACAGGGUGCCCCUGAUAACAGCAUCGGCCGCCCUCUGGCUUGUGUUAGUGCCAGUAUUUCCAACGGAAAGACUGUUGAUUUGACUGGUGUCAAGUGGGCUACAGCUCUCAUUGCUGGUUUCGCCCUGAUCUCCUCCGCCAUUGUCAACGGUCUCGGACAGUACAACACUGCUGCUCACGUUGCCGCCAACGCACUCGCCCUUUUCGGUUACUUCCAGGCUCAGGCCAUUGUCGGUCUUACUAGCGUCCGUCUCCCUCCCAUCGUUGCUGCUUGGACCCAAGAUUUCCAGUGGUCCAUGGGUAUCAUUCACGUGCCCUUUAUGCAGGACAUCUUUACUUGGUAUCAGCGCGCUACCGGUGGUUCGCCCUCGACCAUUUUCGACACCCUUGUUACCCAGUCCGUCCAGGUUGAAAAGCGAUCGCUCGACCUCUUCCAGCGAGGUGCCGCCAUGAUGCCCCGAGCUGUUAGCCACCUUGCCAAGCGUGGUAACAUUGUCACUGGUUCCGGUAGUUAUAUUGUCUAUGGUAUCCAGCGUGUUGCCUUCAAGGCCAAGAUCGAGUCCACCAACCUUUUCAUGACGGGCCUCAUCUUCUUUGUCAUUGUCGUUCUCUUCACCAUUCUUGGUGUUGCUGCUUUCAAAGGCAUUGUGGAGGCUCUUGCCAAGAAGAACACUAUUCAGCCCGAUCGAUUCCUCGAGUUCCGCAACAGCUGGGUCACCAUCCUCAAGGGCAUCCUUUUCCGUAUUGCCCUCCUUGGUUAUGCUCCCAUCUGCAUUCUUUCGCUCUGGGAACUAACCCAGCGUGACUCACCUGCCGAAGUUGUUCUUGCCAUCUUCUUCUUCUUUGGUAUCGUGGCUACGCUCGCCUGGGGAGCCAGCAAGGUUAUUCUCAUCGCUCGUCGCUCUGUCGCCAUGCACCAGAACCCGGCCUACAUCCUCUUCUCCGACCCUCAGGCCCUCAACAAGUGGGGUUUCCUUUACAUGCAGUUCCGUGCUUCUGCCUACUACUUCAUUGCACCUGUUUUGGUUUACAGUCUGAUAAAGUCAAUCCUGGUUGCCUUUGCCCAGGGCAGCGGUAAGGCUCAGGCUGUUGCGUUUGUUGUCCUCGAAGCUGGUGCCCUCGUCGGAGCCUCUGUCAUGCGUCCCUGGAUGGACAAGCCUACCAACUCUUUCAACAUUGCCAUCUGCGCCGUCAACUUCAUCAACGCCAUCUUCCUGCUUAUCUUCUCUGAUGUCUUUGGAGCUCCCGCCCUGGUUAUUGGUAUUGUUGGUGUCGUCUUGUUCCUUGUCAACGUCAUCUUUGCUAUUGUCCUGCUCAUCAUGGUCAUUGUUUCUGCCACCGUCAGCUUCUUCCGCAAGAACCCCGACGCCCGCUACCAGUACAUGGCCGACGACCGUGCGUCGUUCAUGAAGUCGCAGACCCAAAUUAAUACUACAAACGAACUCGACGCUCUUGCCGUCACCGCCCGUGGUGACAAGGCAGGCUACAAGGCUCACAUGGACCACGACGACGACAUUGAAUCUAUGCACUCAGACCGGCGCGACCCCUUCGCCUCGCCUGCUGCUUCGCAGCACUCUUUCCACGCACAGGGCAACGGCCCCAGAUCACCAGUCAACCCAUCGAUGCCACUAUUCCCCGCCAACGGAUCACGACCAGAGAGCCCGUUCCGCACGGCAGCCAACUCGAGCCCUAGCCCGUAUGGCAACCGCCCACAACCACAACACCAGCAGUCAUUUGCGGCGCAGCAGCGAGCGCAGGCCGCUAGCCCUGCGCCGGGAUACCGCAACCAAAACAACUCGAGCCCGUGGCAGCGCGGUGCUGGAUACGACCAUUAA